AUGUCGACUCCCAUAUCCAAAGGCUACGAUAGACUGGCCGCUCUAAUGGCCCGCGACCCCGGGUCCUCCAUCUAUCGAAGUUUUGCCAAGCUUAAUGCAAAGAACCUGCUCUAUCUUCAAGCAGAGAUUGCCUACAUUCAAAAUGACCUCCAAUAUAUCAUCGAAAAGGACGGUCAAUCCGAGGAUAAAGCCUCCUUCCCAUUCUCAGUCUGGGACAUGAAGACUUCAGAGGAUCCGGUUCAAUGGGAGAAGGUCCUCGAAGCACGCAGGUUAUUGAAAGAGUAUAACGAAACCCUACUCCAACAAGCUCAACUCCUCCGACUCAACGCGCCCGAGAAAGCCGACCUAGAGGUGUUCCAGGAGUGGCUGGAAGAAGAAGAAAACAGACAUAUGUGGUUUUCGCCCCCGGACCAAUGGCGCGGAGAGAACGAGAGCGACUUGGUAGCAUUGAAGAGUCGACACGAGGAGACGGAUCGUUUCACCCGUUUUGUCUAUACGCGAGUCGUUUCGUGGUUCCAUCGGAUGGCGGGGGUCAAUGAUACCAAACGAAAAGAUAUCGAAUCCGGCGUCUGGUACUAUAAUGACCGGACAAUCAAAUCUUGGACGUAUAUCCUCAGCUUGAUUAUCUCAGGGGUACUUCCAGCAACCUCGAUGAUCGUGUUGUAUUUUCUGAAGGAUCCGGCGGCAAUACUGAUCACCAUCUUCGUGUAUGAUAUGGUGUUUGUUCUGGUAAUGGGAUUCAUGGUUAAGCCGAGACGCGUGGAGAUCUUUGCUGCCGCCACAGCGUUCGCUGCCGUGCAGGUGACUAUGAUUACGGCUGGUAAGAGCAAUUCAUGA